AUGACACCAAUUUCACAGCUACCACACUAUCACACGAGAUUCUCACUUCCUGUGGACAACACCUUCCUGUCAGCAAACAUAAAGGAGCAAGCAAUAGACAAACAUAAAGAAACCGAAAUUUUAUUCAAACCUGCUGGUAUGAAUGUUCGACAAUGGACUACCUCGGAUACUGAAACCAACAAGAUUAUCGCAUUGAAAGAGAAUGCGUCUGCAGAAGAAGCUGCGAAAAUUUUCAGUAUGCAGUGUGACGUUGAAUCCGACACACUCACUUCACGAUUACUAAUCGCGGAGGAGAAGUCAUCAGACCCCACCAAACGGAAUGUGUUCAAAGAAGUAGCUUCAGGAUUUGAACCGCUACGACUCAUCGCACCAGUUGCCGUUGAAGGAAAGAUUUUUCAAAGGUCAACGAAAAGAAAACCUCCAGUGAGAUGA